AUGUCGGACGCAAAGAAGGGCAAGUCGCCCCGUGAAUUCGCCAUCGAUUUCAUGAUGGGUGGUGUGUCUGCUGCUGUCGCUAAGACCUCCGCAGCUCCCAUUGAGCGCAUCAAGCUCCUGGUCCAGAACCAGGACGAGAUGAUCAAGCAGGGUCGUCUUGCCACCCCUUACAAGGGUAUCGGCGAUGCUUUCAGCCGCACCUACCGCGAUGAGGGUAUCCUUUCAUUGUGGAGAGGAAACACUGCCAAUGUCAUCCGUUACUUCCCCACUCAGGCUCUGAACUUCGCUUUCAAGGAUUACUUCAAGUCCUUGUUCGGUUUCAAGAAGAGCGAAGGCUACUGGAAGUGGUUCGCUGGCAACGUCGCUUCUGGUGGUGCUGCUGGUGCCUCUUCCCUUCUCUUCGUCUACUCCCUCGAUUACGCCCGUACCCGUCUCGCCAAUGAUGCCAAGUCUGCUAAGGGUGGAGGAACUCGUCAGUUCAACGGCUUGGUCGAUGUCUACAGGAAGACUCUCGCUUCCGAUGGUAUUGCCGGUCUCUACCGUGGAUUCGUCCCCUCCGUCGUUGGUAUCAUCGUCUACCGUGGUCUCUACUUCGGUGUCUACGAUUCGCUCAAGCCCGUUGUUCUCGUUGGUCAACUCGAAGGUUCCUUCCUUGCCUCCUUCGGUCUCGGAUGGGGAGUCACCAUUGGUGCCGGUCUCGCUUCUUACCCUCUCGAUACCAUCCGUCGUCGUAUGAUGAUGACCUCUGGAUCCGGUGUUAACUACAAGUCUAUGUUCGAUGCUGGAUCUCAGAUCAUUGCCAAGGAGGGCACUAAGUCCCUCUUCAAGGGUGCUGGUGCCAACAUCCUCCGUGGUGUUGCUGGUGCUGGUGUGUUGUCCCUGUACGACAAGCUCCAGGAGAUCAUGUUCGGAAAGGUCUACUCCGGAGGCGGCUUGGCGGGUCGCUUCAAGUCGUUUAUCUGA